AUGGCGACGACCUCCUUCGAGUCUUCGUGGAUAUUCACAUGUAUUUCUUCCCUCGAUGCAGUGGACAAGGCAGCAUCAUACGGUCUCCCGUGGCGGUUCAUGGACGGCGGAUUUCAAGAAUUCAUUGUGGAGAAGGUGUCAGAUGAAACAGCGAGGGUGACAUACAUAAGUUUUGAAUGCUCUAAUCUCCACCCCGGCGGCCAAUCUACAAUGGAUUUCAAGAUGUUGCCAUGGCUGCCUUAUGAGAUUCACGCCGGACUCGCCGGUCAAUUGCCCUGUGGGGACAUUUACACUGGCUCGACGCUUGUCGGUGUCCCUUUCUCGCACGGUACUAUCGAGUCGGUCGAGGGCUUCGAGCCCAAGGUCAACUUCAAGAUCAGCAACGGCCACGACUGGUUCCGCAUCGAUGCAGGUAAGAAGCAUGGCCGCCUGGGCAUAACGGCCAUUGCUACUGAUGCUGAAGGCCGGUGCAUGCGCGUCAUGGCCGACGGCGUCGUCGAGUUGAAUGAGCCUACUCUGGCUUUGAUUAUGGGUCAGCCCAGGUCCUUGGAUGCGUCGCCCUUCUCGCGGUAG